AUGGUUACAGAAACCGCAGUCGAGACCGUGCCGGCCGGCAAAAAGAAGGUCAUGCUCAACACUUUCGAUGGUCCGACUUACAGACUGGUGUCAACAAGCCCACCAAAGGAUUGCACGCUUGACGACAUGCCCAUCAUCGACUUGAGCGGGCUCACCGGCGACUUGACUGCCCGCAAAGCGAUCGCUCAGCAGAUUCUGCAUGCUGCUAAAAGUAGCGGGUUUUUCUACAUUAAGAAUCACGGUGUCCCCGAGCAGGUGACAGAAGCGGCUCAUCAGAAAGGAAAAGAAUUUUUCAAGCUUCCCGAGAAGAAGAAGCGGAAGCUCAUGUCAAACACCUCAGCCUACGGGUAUUGCGGCUUCCGGGAACGACAGGCCAACCCGGGCGAUACUAAGGACAGGAAAGAGGCUUUCCUCUGCCAUUACGAACCCGAAUUCGAUCCCAUCCACGAGGACCGGCUCGACCAGGUUCCCGCGCACGUCAGAGCGCACUUACCCCGGGAGGACUUUAUCUGGACCGACGAGGGCGACUCUGCCGUCCUCCCAAAUUUCAAGGCCACGGUACUGGCGCACUGGCGCGAGUGCCUGGCCCUCUCGCGCCGUCUUAUCCGUGUCAUCGCUUUGGCCCUCGACCUGCCGGAAAACUAUUUCGACUCCCUGAUAACCUAUCCAGGCGGCGACUUCGCAAUCAACUUUUAUCCGGGUCACGGCGACGAGCCGAUCCAGGACCCGGACGAGGUCGGCGUCGGCGCGCAUACAGACUUGCAGAUCUUGACCCUCUUGUGGCAGGACAGCCACCGAGGGCUGCAAGUGCUCAACAGUGCGGGGGAGUGGAUGUGGGCGCCGCCGAUCCGCGGCACGUUCGUUGUCAACAUUGGCGAUUUCUUCAUGAGAAUGACAAACGACAGGCUCAAGUCGACGGUUCACCGCGUCGUGCAGCACGGCAGGGAGGACAGGAUCUCCAUGCCCUUCUUCUUUGGAUUGAAUUUUGACGAGGAGCUUGGCGUCCUGCCCACUUGUAUUGAUGAAAAUAACCCGGCAAAGUACACGCCGGUGACGUGCGGUGAGCUCAUCGCCAGCCGUUUAGCCCUAGCAAAAGUUGUAGUGCCACGUAGCAGCAAGGAGUCUGCAGUUGUGGCUUAA